AUGCCCGACAUGCACGCUAUCUUCAACUCUGCUUCACAACCUAAACUUGAUCUCUCCAAUGCACCCUCUCAGCUAUUCCAAGUCCCAGCCUCCACGGCUUCCACCUCGCUCUAUUCUCUCUCACUCAGUCGCAAGCGACCCCGUCGUAACACAGAGAAACUUUCGUCGCAUUUUGAGUGCAAUUUCACUGGGUCCCCGAUGAUCCACCCUAGCUACCGCUCAGUAAGCGUAACCGGAGCCAACGAUUUCCACGCCUCGGCCGAGCUUGAUUACCGUCCAAACCGAUACCGCGAAUCCUUCCUCCCGCCCUCCUUCGAUUCCUACGACGAUUCAACAGACCUAGCAGACUACAACGGCAGUCGCAAGCGUAGCCGCCGCGACUCUGACAUCAUAUCCGCAAGCCCCGAUGGCCCCAACACCCCAACACCCACAGGCUGGGGCCAGACCGUGAUCAAAGCCGUGAGCAAAGUCCUCGAUAUGUGCUGGGCUGGCGCAUUCCGAGGAUUCUAUGCUGGAGGAGGACAGGGCUACGACAUGUCAUCCAGCCCAGCAACAACCCUUGAAUCCAGCUGGCUGCCCUCAACAAGCCCAUCCACUGAGAAAGAUAUGUACAGCCCGGACACAUACUGCUCGACACCCGUACCCGGCCAAUAUCCAGAUGACGAGGUCGACCGAAGCUGGGUUGUGGUACCCGAGAGCUCAGAUCCAUUCGUGGGUAGCAGCGAGCUUGCUAGUCCGUCACUCCGCACACGACGCACUUUCCAGGCAUCUAGUCCUCGUCGCAAAUCUGCCGCUGCUAAGAUGCGCCGCAAGGAACGAGAAGAAGAUGCCAGUAUCCAGCGACUGAAUAAGCAACUGCAGGCUAUGAUCCGAGAAGGGAAGGAGGCGUUGGGGACGACGGUGGUGGUAGACGAUGUGGACAUGUAUGAUGACUCUGAUUAG